AUGGAAGUCGGGAAUCAACACCUCGCCAAACUGGAGCAGUAUCUGCUCAUGUCCAAGGCCGCUAAAGGCGCUGCGGCCGCGAAACUCAUCCAGGACGCCACUUCUGCCCCUGGGGUGUUUGUGUUUGCCGAACUCCUCGAGCAACCAAACAUUCAAGAGCUAGAAGCACAUGAACAACACUCCCGCUCCUUCUCCCUCCUCCAACUGUUCUCCUACAGGACCUAUACUGACUACAUCCAAAACAAGGACGCUCUUCCACCCCUCAACGAUGCUCAGAUCACCAAGCUGAAGCAACUCACGCUUGUCUCCUUGGCGCAGGACACUCGCAUCCUGCCAUAUGACCAGCUGCUCAAAGUGCUCGAGAUGCCGACGAUCCGCGACCUCGAGGACCUCAUCAUCGAAGCGAUCUAUCUCGACAUCGUCCGCGGCAAGCUCGACCAGCGCGAGCGGCAGUUCGAGGUCGAGUACACCAUGGGACGCGAUCUGGAGCCCGGGAAGCUGGAGCAGCUGCUCGUCUCCCUGCAGAACUGGGCAACGACGACCUUCGCGGUCCUCGCCACUCUCGACGAGAAGCUGCUCGAGCUCUCUUCCCGGACGGCGACGGCGAAGACGGACAAGGAGGCGUACGAGAAGAAGCUCCAGGCGACGCUCAAGGAGGUCGUGGACAAGCAGAAGGCGACCCGGACGGUGGUGAAGAAGGGUCCGGAAACCGCCCCGCAGGUCACUGCGGCAGGCCUGGCGUUCAUGGAGCAGGAGAAGCAGCGGCAGGCUGCGAAGGAGCGGGAGCAGCAGCGGGAGAAAGCGCGAGAGAAAGACCAGCAGGAGGAGGAGGACAAGGACAAGGACAGCAUGGACGUGGACGAGCCCGCGGAUGGAGGCAAGGGGAAGAAGUAA